UGCAUUAGUUCGUUCCAUCUUGCUUAACUGAACACAGCCCUGAUUUGAUCGAAUUUUAAUCAAAUUUUUAUCCAUCGUAUGAUACGAGCUUUAAGUUUAUGAUUUACAUGUGUAUGGCAAUUGACAUAUCGCUUGUCUCGCGGAUAGCCCACGUGUUGAAUACUCCGCCAAAGAGUACUGAAAAGUACGAAAAAAAGAGGAAUUUAAGGGAUUGUAAAUAAAUCUUUUGUUUAUGGUAUAUAUAUUUUUGGUACAUAUUUUUUUAAGUCAACAAAAUGACUACUGAUUAUGAUUUAAUAAGAACUAUCGAAAGUGAUCAAGAGGUACCGAAUUAUUCGGAAACUUCAGACGAGGAAGACAAUUUUCAGUCACAAAAACAACGAAAAAAGUGUAAGGAGUUUGAUAGUAACUUUGAGUUUGUAACCAGCGAGGCUGAAUACAAUCAGGAUCCUUGGAGUGAUCUGAGUAAAUAUGUCAAAAGAAAAGCAAACACAAAGUUAGAUGAUAUAAUAAAGAAAGUUAGAAAUGAACAUAAUAAAGAGGAAGGAACAGAAGACGAUCCUGUUAAGAUUGAUCCUGAAUCUGAACAUGAACUGGAAUCUGAACCUGAUGAUGAUACUAUUUCUCUAUCUGAUGAUGAACUUAAAAAAGAUGUUAUUAAAACUAAGGAAAGAAAAGGGAAAAGGAAAGAGCCUGCCAAGGAAGAUCAAAUAAUUGAUUUUGAGGAGAUUCAGGAUGUAGAUCAUCAUGCUACAUUUCUACAAAUGCACUUAUCUAGACCUUUGUUAAUGGCUAUAAAUAAAAUGAAUUUUGUGGAUCCAACUCCCAUACAAGCUGCGACUAUUCCUGUAGCUUUAAUGGGUCGUGACAUCUGUGGCUGUGCGGCAACUGGAACUGGUAAGACAGCUGCUUACAUGCUUCCCACUUUAGAGAGAUUGCUGUUCAAGCCCGUAGGUCCUGCUGUCACGCGCGUUCUUGUACUGGUGCCUACCAGAGAGCUGGGAGUGCAAGUUUAUCAAGUGACAAAACAAUUAGCUCAGUUUACGUCAGUAGAAGUCGGUUUGUCUGUUGGUGGAUUGGAUGUCAAAGUGCAAGAAGGUAUGUUAAGAAAACGGCCAGAUAUUGUAAUAGCGACACCCGGUAGAUUAAUUGACCACUUAAAAAAUGCACCUACCUUCUCAUUGGACAGGAUUGAAAUACUGAUUCUAGAUGAAGCUGACAGAAUGCUAGACGAAUAUUUUGCCGAACAGAUGCAAUACAUUGUGAAGCAAUGUUCAAGAACUAGACAGACUAUUCUCUUUUCCGCCACUAUGACCGAAGAGGUCAAAGAGUUAGCCGCAAUGUCGCUCGACAAACCGAUUAAAAUAUUCGUGGAUAGCAAUCAGGAUGUAGCUUUCAACUUACGUCAAGAAUUUAUUCGCAUACGCAAGAAAAGAGAAGGAGAUCGUGAAGCCAUUCUAGCGGCGUUGGUUUCUCGAACUUUCCACGAUCAUGCUAUAGUUUUUGUUCAGACAAAAAAACAAGCUCACAGAUUGCAUAUUUUACUGGGCCUCUUAGGCGUGAAAGUUGGAGAACUUCACGGUGAUCUUACGCAGCCGCAACGACUGGAGAACCUACGGAGAUUCCAAGACGAGGAAAUUGACAUUUUAUUAGCGACCGACGUUGCUGCAAGAGGUCUGGAUAUAAGCGGUGUAAAGACUGUGAUUAAUUUUGUAAUGCCCGCUACUCUUCAACAUUAUAUACACAGAGUCGGAAGAACUGCGAGAGCGGGGCGAGGAGGUGUUUCUGUGUCGUUAGCCGGUGAAGAGGAACGUGUUUUGGUGAAAAAGAUUAUUAAACAGUCGAAGAAUUCAAUCAAGAAUAGAAUAAUACCGCCUGACAUAAUAGAAAAGUAUAACAAGAAACUGGAAUCCCUGGAACCAUCUGUGGAAAAGAUUCUGCAAGAGGAGAAGAGUGAAAGAGAAUUAGCUAAAUUAGAGAAUCAAGCUAAUCGCGCUGAGAAGUUGCUUCAGGAUGACGACAACAAGGAUCGAAGAAGCUGGUUUCAAACUAAGAAGGAGAGAAUCAAAGAAAAGAAUAAUCUUCGAUUGACUAAGAAACAAAAAAAAAGCAAAAAUGUUGAAAAGGAACCGAUCAACUUUGUACAAGACAAAAAGAAAGCGCAGAAAAAUGAGCCUAAGCAAAACACGGCGGAGGACAGAGCUAAUAGAGAGUUAGAGAAGACACUCGCCUAUCAAGCGCGAGUAGCCAAAAGACUUAAUAAACCGAAAAAGAUUCGUACAGUUGCGAACAAUUACGAUAGUGACGAUAAUAAAAAAGUGAAGCGAAAAUUGAAGCGACGAUCAGUAUUCACGGACGAUUUAACAGAUACGAGCAAAAAAGCUGUUAAAAGAAUGCGAUAUGAGGCGAACGUAAAGAAGAAACAAGCUACGCUGAAAACGAAACAAAAAAAUAAAUUCGCAGCGAGAACAGACAAAAAGAAAAAACAAACAAAAUUCGCCAAAAGACGUUGACUUUGUAAUAUAUCUGACAAUUUUGUAUAAUUAAACGUAUGUGUUACUUGA